AUGAAAUUCACCACUACGGCUCUCACUGCCGCCAUGCUGGCUGGCAGCUCCCUCGCUGCGCCCCGAGCUGGCCUGGCCGAGCGUUUAGAAAGGCGCGGUGCCUUGCCACGCCAGUCUCUGCCGCUUAACAAGAUUGACAACACCGCCGAAGAGAACGGUGUCCUCCUCAAGGAGGAUUCUGGUGCCUCCAACAUCCAAUACAGCAAGAACUGGGGUGGUGUCGUUCGUGAAAAACCACCCCCUAGCGGUACCUAUACAGCAGUCUCCGCGACAUUUACUGUCCCGAAUCCGACGCCUACCGACAACUCCGGUGAUAUGCAGGCUGCUUCCGCGUGGGUCGGCAUUGACGGUGACACGUACACCGCUGCAAUUUUGCAGACUGGCGUAGAUUUCUGGACUCAAAAUGGCACUGUCAACUUUGAUGCCUGGUACGAGUGGUAUCCCAACAACGCAGACAACUUUGACUUGAAUGUGUCCGCAGGCGAUGUCAUCUUCGCCAAGGUCGAGUCUUCCUCGCCUAGCCAGGGUAUCGCCAUCCUAGAGAACCAGUCUUCCGGUCAGAGUGUCACCACGACGCUCUCGGCGCCCUCCACUACCGCGACCUUGGCUGGUCAAAAUGUUGAGUGGAUUGUUGAGGAUUUCAACUCUGGUUCAAGCAUGGUGGCUUUGGUCAACUUUGACCAGGUCACGUUUAGCGGUGCUCAGGCCAAGUCUAGCGACGAUGAAGACUUUGGUGUGAACGAUUCGGCGAUCCUGGAAAUUCAGCAAAACGGCAAGGUGUUAGCCGAGGUUAACAUCCAAAGCGACACCGAAUUCGAUGUUACCUAUCAGUAA